CGUGGCGCCACUAAUACAGCUGUUAUGAAUGAGGUUAUGUAGCACAUGGUAUACGAUCAACAGAUAUUGUUGAGACAAUAGUGAUUUUUUCAGUGAAUAUAAAAAGGAUCACACAAUUAGCCUUAAAAUGUCCUCGUGGAAGAAAGCUGGAAAGGUAGGCCAGAAAACUCACCGGGAACGUCAUCAACCAGAAGCCCGCAGACACCUGGGCUUGUUGGAAAAGAAGAAGGACUAUGUCGCCAGAGCUAAGGAUUUCCAGGAGAAGCAGGCGACGAUCAAGCUUCUGCGGAAGCGUGCACUCAACAAAAAUCCGGAUGAGUUCCAUUUUCAUAUGAUCAAUUCCAAAUUGGAGAAUGGCGUACACAAAGAAAAGAAGCAGGCAGAACACACACCCGAGCAAAUCAAGCUAAUGGAGACACAGGAUAUCAAAUAUAUAGCAUAUAGAAAACAUCUUGAGUCAAGGAAGAUAAACAAGUUACAGAGCGAAUUACACAUGAUCGACACAGCUAAUGAGACGAAGAAUCAACACAUCUUCUUCGUAGAUAACAAUGAGGAGAUGAAGAAUUUCGACCUAGCUAAGAAAUUGGACACUCAUCCUGCAUUGCUAUCCAGACGAAUCAAUCGACCAAGAAUGAGCCAGCUGAGCAAGAUGAAGCUGCCAGAAUUAGAUGAGAAGGCUAUGGCCAAACUCCAGCAGAAGAAUCACAUGUCUUAUACAGAACUCGCCAAGAGGCUCGAUAGAGAACGCGAAUUAACGAUCGUGCAACAAAAAUUGGAAAUGCGUACUGCACUGAAGGACCAAAAGAUCACAAAGCCAAAAUGUAUAAAGCCUGGUACAAAGGUUUCUGCUCCUAUCUAUAAAUGGAAAUAUGAGAGAAAACGAUGACUUAUGUAAGUGUACGUACAUAUAUAUAUAUGUGUUUGUAUUUCAUAAUUUUUUAUUACCAUUAUUAAAUAUCACAAAAAAGUGUA